UCAUCACGCUCAGUGCUCCGUCCAGAUUGAAGGCGUUUCAAUUUCGCUACCUCCGUUUGCGCCUUGCCUUUUGUUUCCGCUCAUUAGAUGAUCUGGAGUUGAGCUGCUCUUCUUCAGGCGGAAUGGGUUGUGCAGCAUCUAAAGCAGUCCCUCCUCCACCCCCGAGUGCAACAGAAACAGUACCUAAGCCAGUGGCAUUCGAGAUACCGAUAGAAGAAACAGAAAACAAUAACAAAGCGAAGAAACCACCUCCACAAAUUUUACAGAGACUCGAAGAACAAAACCAAAACAGCAAUCUAACGGCGGAAGAGUUGAAAGAGAAGCAGCAGAAGGCAGAGGAACGACGACAGACUAUCCUGGAGGAGAAGUGCCGCAUCGCCCGACAAGCCCAGAAGAUGUUCAACAAGGGCGAAGAAGGAGGGGAAGAGAAAGAGAACCUCGAAGAGAUUUGAAAUUGAAAGGGAAUUCACAUUCUAUCAAGAAUGAACUUUUGAAGGAUUCGUGUGAUAUAAACAUUUAUGUGUGCCUCCAAGAUUCAUAGCAACUGAAAUACAAUAGCAUUUUACAACUGCAUUGGGCAGUCUAAGCAACGAUCAGAACAGAAGUACAACGGUGAUUUUCCCUCUCUGUUUGUAGAAAGUUGGCGAGAUUGAACGCUAUUUGGCUCCCAGUUGCUUAGUAUUUAUCGAUUGGUUUUUAUGUUGAAGGAGCUGAACAAUCGGGAUAUGGAGCUACUGAUAGCGAACAAAGUUACUCAUGCGAACAACAAGCAAUAAGCAGAAAAGUUUGCUUUUAAAAUAAUUAAUUGAAAGAGCAAACAGUCAUUCGCGUGAGAUGAAUCAAAUUUCUACAUAAUUCAGAAAACAAAAUGCACUCCAUUGUUAUAAUCAUCCUAACGAAAUUUCAAUCAAAAACUAACGGAUGGAUUCAUUUUCAUUUCCAAGAGGUAUUUGCUAUAAUAAUAACGCAUUUUCAGUGUAGAAAUACAUAAAAUUAAUUUAAUUGAGUAAUUAUACAAUUUUCAAAAUUGUCAAAUGUUUAAUGUUUAAUUUGAGACGAUUUGUAUUAAACCUGUACAGGUGGAAUUUUGUAAAGGACUUUUUUACUCACUUCAUAACAUGUUCCAGAUCCGAAACUUUGUACAGUAGUGUAUAAUUGAUGGCAGUAUGGUAUUUUGACAUUUCCAAAGAUUAAUUAUUAGUGAAUCGAUAGAUUUGAAUUGUUUUUUCAUUCUUUUCUUGGGGUUCUAUUUGCUAGUGGAAUAGAUAUAAUAUUAUUUCAAGCUUUAAAAAAUUUUAUAAUUAAGAAUUACGAGAUAUAUUAAACCAUAAAAUGUAGAAAAUUAUAAAAAAUAAUUAUUUUGAAAACAUACUUUUAUUAUUGCACUGAAAAUUAGAAAAAAAAAUAUCAAAAAUUUGGGAAUAUAAAUAAGAACCUAAAAGAGUAAGACAACGAAAAUAUUGAGAAAAUAAAAGUAAUCUCCGGUAAAUAUCAUCAGAAAGAAAAAUUCUAUACAUUCAUUAAAAAUUGAAAUGCAUUAUGAAUGUAAUUGAAAAUUCUUGUUUGUUACAGCUGUUUCAUCCUUUUACGUGCUUAUAUUGAUCUCCAGAUUUCUGAUAAAAAAUGAGUUAUCAUUCUUUAACUCAAGAAUGAAAGUGUCUUUUGAAGAACUCUUUUUUUAUUUCAUUCACUUCUCGCUUUCCCUUGUUAUCAUUGCUCAAGAGUUGAGUAUGUUUGAUUUUUCUAAUGAUUCUUUUUAAGUUAUGUAAUUCAUUGAACAUGGAAUCACUAAGAAGGGCGACUCAUCAAUGCAAAAUCCAACAGUUCUCCAGAACUGAGAAACGUUCUUGCCACAAGCUGACAGGAGUGUUCUCUCUUCAUCGUCCUUGCAUUCUUACACAAUAGGUGCUCUUGUGUAUAAUCUCAAUCAGCAAAGAGAUCAAAUGCGCAUUUUGUACUUCUUUCCAUAGACUUUAAAAUUUACACUUUUGAUAUCAAGACCAAAUUAAUUCAUUUGUCUGUUGUACUUUGGAGUUGACGUGUCUAUCUUUUGAAAUAGCCCAAAAGUCAGAGCAAGAUCUACAGUUUUUUAUGCAAAGAUCAUAUUCUCAAUUCUGAUUACAGAAGGCGGUUAACGAAAUGGCUCAAUAUGCAUUUGUCCAAUAUGAGAAAGAAAAAGGCAGUAAAUCUUUCGAAAUUAGCUAAUAAAUGAAAUAAUAUAGGAAAUGCGGAAAUCUUAAUGGACAAGUUAUCAUUGUGGGAAGAAUAUAUUGUGCAUUCACAUGACACAAUUUGGGCUGCUAUGUAAUACCUGAAAGUUCUCUUUCAAUUUUUAAUAACUGAUAAAAUAUUCAAGAGAUAGUGGGAAGUCAUUUUGCUCACAGCUGUUUAAAUUUCCACACCCUCAAACAUGCAUAAACACAAUGAUCAUUCGACGUGCAUGUCGCAUUCCGCUCAAAUUGCUUGAAGGGUUUUAGUUACAAUUUUUAUCUGCAUGUGAGAAAUAAACAAUUGUUCAAUAGUUGGCCUUGAAAAUGCUUUUUUAUUUAUUUAAAUUGUAUAUGAAUUUUUUUUCUUACCGGAAUUCUAAAUUCUUUUGCAAAUAUCCGUCAUAUCCAUUCUAUUCAAUUCAGCCUCAAAACAACCCAUCAAUUAACGAAAUCUCGAUGCAGGAAAAGAAUAAAAAUACUAGGCGCGUUUUAUUUAUAUUUGGUAAAAUUAAUUCGUGAACAUUGUUUCCUUAACAUGUACAUACAAAAUUAGAAAUUUGAUAUUUUUAUUUUCUUAAUCCUUCAUUAGCCACACUUGUUGGUUAGACUUAAGACCAUCGCGCAGUUCCGCCACCAAAAUGAGUAAGAGUUCGGCAACUUUUAAAAUGCUUGCUAAACUAAUGCCAUUUUGAAUAGCAUCCAAAUGGAAGGGUCGUUUAAAAAGAAAUCAAUUUUCAUUUUGUAGAGUUGGAGCUGAGGUUUUGUGUGUCUGUAUAUUUGGGGCAAUUAUUGUUCUAUUAAAAAUUAUUUUGGCACCCUUCGUACAUAUCUAUUAGAUGUUGCUACUAAAAAACAGACUAUAAAAUUAAAUAAACUUAAUUCACAUGAAAUGAAAAAAUAAUUAAUCAUUAUAUACAAACCUUUCUGAAGCCAACUUUUGUUUCCGUUUUUAUCAAGAAAUUCGCCAUAUACUUAUUUUAAAAAGGAAUGAGCAAUUUGUUAUUAUUUUGGCUUU